AGCUGUAGCGCAGUGCAGUAGGUCUGACAGAUAGCUUCCAUAUGCCUUUGAACAAAUCCCUGCGCACGUCUUUUGUGCAAUGCCUUGUCGGCUGUUGGCUGACACUUUUCUCCUCUUCCGACGCUCUUCGAUACUCUGACGAGCGGCUUGAGCAUGCCAAAGAUGCAGUCAAUGCUCUGGGCAGGGAGAUCGCACAACAGGUACUGGUAGAGGCUUUGAAUGGCAGCGACUUUACCUUUGCUAGCAUGCUCCAUGGUGAUAAGGCCUCAGACCCUGGCCGAGUGCCGCGCCAUUUUCUGGAGUACCUGAACCACAACAUGGGCUUCUGCGGAGAAUUAAAAGUCACAGCGCUCCACUACGGCGUUGCAACUCUCGGCUUUCGGGGCCAUGCGUCCUUGGACUUUGCCUGGUCUGGUGCCAUGAAUGAGAUGGAGGAUGACCACGGCGACAGCGUCCGCAGUUCCAAGAGCGUGUCGCUGGGCCUGGGCGGCACCGUCGAAGCCCACUUCCCCUUCUUCGGCCAUCUCCGCUUCGCACUGUCCGGCAAGUUGGAGGUAGGAAGCCCGAACGCGCCGAGCUUCGUUGAUCUCAUCGGCACCGGCUUUGGUGCUCUCAUCUACCGGAGCCUUUCGCGCCUGGGGAGUCUGGCGACAGGCCGACCCACCGUGGAGGAUCGACGUCAGCAAGAUGUGCAAGAGCUCGAGAUGGCGCUGCAGGCGAACUACGGCGCGUCCAAGUUCCACUCCCGUGAGUUUCUGUGGGCGGAGUUCGUCCUCAGGGCUUCAGAGCUCAUCUACCUUCAGCUUUGGUCGUUCAGCAUGGCACUCACCUGGGCGCGCCCGUCGCGCUUCGAGAACACCAACAUCAAGCAGCAGCUGUCUCAUCACGUGUGGCAGCUGGCGAGGGCCAUCAGCCAAGCCUUCUUCAACGGGCAAGAGAAGUUCAUCACUGCAAGCUGCUCCAAAGCGGACGGCGUCAAUUUUGUCGCCCAGAACCUUGUUUUUGAGGAGUGCCCUUUUGGACGCGUGACCGGUGAUGGGAACCCCUUCUUUUGCUAUCCUGCCAUGCGCAAUGGCCAGAAACUGCAGCUGGACGAGAAGUGGAACCUGAGGGACAGCACUGGGCAAUUGGUGGUCCAUGCCACCGAGGGCGACGAUAUGGAGUCGUUCCGGGCUAGUGGCCUACCCGCCCAGCGUAUGUGCCGCGUCUUACAGGCUCUUGGCGAGGUGGAUCCCGAGUAUGCCAAGGUGAAGAACGUGUCGGUGACCAUCACCUCCGGCUUUGAGGAGACUGGCAUCGACAAGUUCAUCAAGUUCUUUGGUGCGCAGACCUCCAGAACCUUCACCGUCCCGCCCCACAUCUACGCGGUGGCCCCGCGGAUGUUUGACAAGCUGCUUACAGCAAUUUCUGGAAACCUUAGCGGCCCAGCAGGAGAGGAGAUGCUCAACUACCUACAGAGCUUCGACGAAGUCAGGAUCCGCCAGGAGGCGGGCACCUGGCUCAAAAUCUUCUGGGAUGAGUUGGAUACGCUGGCAGACAGCCACCAGCCCGUGCCGGUGAACGAGGAGAUCGAUGAGGGCGCCCAGGUGAGCACGUGGGGGGAGGUCCGCGAGUCCUGUGCUCAGGCGGGCGACCAGGCUCGGGACCUUGUCGCAACCUUCCGAAAGGACCGGGGCUUUGCGGACAUCGAGUCGGCCGGGCCGGAGGCUGCCGCACGGCUGCGGGAGGCGGAGUUGGCCACGAUUCGCUGCGCAGCCGGUUCGGUGGUGAGCCCGCUUCUGCGGUACAACAUCGGCGGCACGGUCCGAGCCCUGCUCGAGGAGGUCCGAAGGGAGGAGCACCACCUCAGCGCCAUGGAGCUGAACACAGCAUGGACUGGCACUGUGUCCCUUCAGGCGGACCAGGCUAUGACACCGACCUUUGUUGCUUGCGCGCUGGUCCCUGCCAACUUUCUGAAGGUCACUGGCGCUUUCUCUUACGCAUUCAAGGGUGUGGUGGAUUCAAGCGGCAAGAUGGUCUACAGCAAAGAAGCGAUGAUGGGUGCUUCCUUCAGUUUUGCUGGAUACGUCAUGAUGCCAACCGUAACCUUCCUGAAGGGCAUCGGCUACACCUACAGCGGUUGCACCAACAAGCUCAUUUGUCCGCAGUUCACGGGCACGGCAUCUCACACGGUGAACUUCAACCUCGAGGUGCCACAGGAGCCGUGGAUGAAAGGCGACAAGCUGGGCUCAGCCGGCGGCGCGCUCGUCUUUGAGGCUGUUGCACAAGAUAUGGCCGUUCACAUCCGCAACUUCCGACGCACCCUGAACUUCGAAGGCACGAAGGAGGAGCUAGAGGAGGAGCAGAGCACUGGCACUGGCAGCGUCCCAGAUCAAGCAGCGCAAAAAUCCCUCCUCCAAAGAAGCGUGGAUGAUGGUGUCAAGGACUUCUUCACGGAGAUCCCAAAUUUUCUCACCACAGCGCAUCUUGUGGCACCGCUUCAAACCGCCGUGGCGAUGUUGGAUCCUACUUUGUUUUCUGUUUGGGUGAAGGUCUCCAACUCAUAUGAGCAUGGCCACCUGGUUGGACCGACCGCUAUCUCCUUCGGCCUUUCAUCAAGCAACCGGCUUGGCACCAACAAGGUCCCUCAGUGGCUUAGAGCUUGGUCCGUUUCGGCGGUGGAUGCAUUCUUCACGUCUGGUGUCACGGUCGACUUGAGCGGGAUCCUGAUCGACGGUCUGAGAACGCCAGAGGGCAAGAAGAUAACGCAGGCUGAUGCAGCAGCCGAGCGAUGACGCUCCCAUGAGGCUGUUGUUCUUUGCCGGGUCUCGAGGGUCUGGCAUAUCUUGAUAAAUGCACCCGCUUUGAGGGCAAUUCUCCCAUUCUGCGGAGUUUCCCGAUUUCAAGAUAUCAAAUGCU